GGACUGGCCCUAGACCACAUGCUACUAGGCUGAGCUGAGCUGGAGGGCAGGCGUGAGACCUGAGACCGGACCGGGAGCGCACGCCACGGAUUUUGAUUUCAUCGUAUCGUAUCUUGAGAGGGAGCGGGGCCGGCGGGCCCCAGGCAACCUCCUUUUGCUCCACCUCACUCGCCACCUCCUGGCCUGGCUUCCUUCGCCUCCCUCCCUUGGGACCGGUAUAUCUACUACCUCUGUUCCUUCACCUCUCCUUCGCCGCCGCUUCCCUCCUCCUCCUCCUCCACCUCCGCCCUCGAUCCGACCGCGGGCCCUAAAGCACUUUUCGCCUUUUUCGGAGGCCACGGGUCACCACCGACCUCCAUUCCAUUCAUUUGCCGAUUCACCUACACAGACACACACAGAAACUUUGGAUGCAAACGAGGAGGGAGCCCUUGAAGGCAAACCAAUGCGCACCGCCGCUUAUUCAUUAACCAAAGACUUGCAUCCAACCAAUCCCACCACUUGUGUCUACCUCUUCGAGUCAGGCUGAUGGGAGGUGCCUGUCAGCAACUCUCCGUGGACGGAGAUGCGAGGACGCCUGCGAAUGACCGCGAUCCGGCCGGCCUGCUCCAGCAUGAUGAUACGGAAAACCAGCAGCAGCAGCAGGCCUGCUGGGAGCGCUUCCUCCUCAAGGAGACUCUCAACGUCUUGCUUGUGGAGAGUGAUGAUUCAACCAGGCAGGUCGUCAGUGCCCUGCUUCGUUGCUGCAUGUACCAAGUUAUCUCUGCCGAAAAUGGCCAGCAAGCAUGGGCUUAUCUUGAAGAUAAGAGAAACAACAUAGAUCUUGUUUUGACUGAGGUUUUUAUGCCCGGUGUAUCUGGUAUUUCUCUGCUGAGUAGAAUCAUGAGCCACAAUAUUUGCAAGAACAUUCCAGUGAUUAUGAUGUCUUCGAGUGAUGCUAUGAGUACAGUCUUUAAAUGUUUGUCAAAAGGUGCUGUUGACUUUUUAGUCAAGCCUAUACGUAAGAAUGAACUUAAGAACCUUUGGCAGCAUGUGUGGAGACAACGGUGUCACAGUCUCUCCUGCGUGUUCGAAAAAAAAAAAAGUUUACUUAUUUGGAACUCAGUCCAGUGGUAGUGGAAGUGAAAGUGGCAUUCAGACGCAGAAGUGUACCAAGUCAAAAGGUGCCAAUGAAUCCGGUAACAACAGUGGUAGCAACGACGAUGAAGCUGGCAUGGGACUUAAUGCAAGGGAUGACAGUGAUAAUGGCAGUGGCACUCAAGCACAGAACUCAUGGACUAAGCUUGCUGUGGAGAUCGACAGUCCACAAGCUAUGUCUCUGGACCAGUUAGCCGAUCCAGCCAAUAGCACCUGUGCACAAGUAAUCCACUCAAAGUCAGAGAUAUGUAGCCACAGAUGGCUACCAGGUAGCAGCAACAGAAACUGCAAGAAGCAAAAAUACACUAAUGAUGACUUUAAGGGAAAAGACUUGGAGAUAGAUGGUCCUGGAAAUCUAUAUAUGGAUCACCAAUCUUCCCCAAAUGAGAGACCCAUCAAAGCAGCAGAUCAUGAAAACAAUUCCAAGGAGUCAAUGAUGGGAAAUUUAGGGGAUGCAACUGUUCGAGCUGCUGACCUAAUUGGUUCAAUGGCCAAAAACAUGGAUGCCCAACAGGCAGCAAGAGCUGCAGAUACCCCUAAUUUCUCUUCUGAAGUGCCAGAAGGGAAAGGUAAGAAUGAUGACUUUAAGGGAAAGGACUUGGAGAUAGGUGGCCCUAGAAAUUUAUAUAUGGAUCACCAAUCUUCCCCAAAUGAGAGACCCAUCAAAGCAGCAGAUCAUGAAAACAACUCCAAGGAGUCAAUGAUAGAAAAUUUAGAGGAGCCAACUGUUCGAGCUGCUGACCUAAUUGGUUCAAUGGCCAAAAACAUGGAUACCCAACAGGCAGCAAGAGCUGCAGAAGAUACCCCUAAUUUCUCUUCCAAAGUGCCAGAAGGGAAAGGUAAGAAUGACCAGCAUGAUAAUUAUGUUUUGCCAUCACUUGAGCUGAGUUUGAAGAGGUCGAGAUCAUGUGGAGAUGGUGCCAACGAUACAGUCAAUGACGAUGAACAGCGGAAUAGUGCAUUAAGGCGAUCGAAUCUCUCGGCUUUUACAAGGUACCAUACAUCUGCGGCUUCCAAUCAAGGUGGGACAGGAUUGGUAGGUAGCUGUUCGCCGCAUGAUAACAGCUCGGAGGCUGUGAAAACGGAUUCUACUUACAACAUGAAGUCAAAUUCAGAUGCUGCCGCAAUAAAACAAGGCUCCAACGGCAGUAGCAAUAACAAUGACAUGGGUUCCACUACAAAGGAUGUUGUGACAAAACCCAGCACAAAUAACGAGAGGGUGAUGUUGCCCUCUGCUAUUAAGGCUAAUGGAUACACGUCAACAUUCCAUCCUGUGCAGCAGUGGAUGGUUCCAGAUAAUGCGACAGCAGGGAAAGCGAAGGCUGAUGAAGUGGCCAACAAUGCAGGCAGAAAUAGUCAUCCUGGUGACGUGCAGAGCAACCUGACGCAACAACAUCGUCCAACCCUUCAUUACGUCCAUUUUGAGAAUAGUGGAUCAGGUGCCCUGCAAUGUGGUUCCUCCAAUGUAUUUGAUCCCCCACUUGAAGGCCAGGCUACCAAUAACUAUGGUGUGAAAGCCGGGAGCAACUCAGGCAGCAACAAGGGGCAGAAUAAUGGGAGUACAGCUGGUGCGAGCACGGCUGCUGCAAAUGCUGGACGGACAGAUACAGAGAUACGGGCUAUCGAUAAAAGUGGACCUGGAGGUGGCAGUGGGAGUGGCAAUGACACAUAUGUCAGACGGCUUGCUGCGAGCAUGACACCACGACAAGAACAGCUAAAGAAAUAUAGAGAGAAAAAGAAAGAUCGGAACUUUGGGAAAAAGGUGCGGUACCAGAGCAGAAAGAGGCUAGCCGACCAGCGGCCAAGGGUUCGUGGACAGUUCGUGAAGCAAGCUGUGCAAAAUCAAGAGGGAGAUGGAGAGAGAUGACCCCCCCCCCCCCUCUGGCUUCAGCUCAUGGUUGUUAGACGUGGCGGUUGAUGAUUCUUCCUUCUCUGGUGUGAUCUGAUAUGAUCGACAACACACCAUCCUUCCUUUUCUUCAUUGGUUUCUUCACAUCUAGAAUUUACUGCCUGACCGGGAAAAAAUAAGCUAGGAACUUCUAUACAUGUGUAUGCAUUUCUAAUCAUGUAGAAGAAUAAGUGUGUCUUGACUCUAGAUAAUUUUAGGUAGAGUCAUGCUCGCUCUCCUACAUUAUGUGAUGUAACUGAAGUGUUGUUGUGUUGUCAUGUAUGGUCUUGGAUCACUUUCUGUCAAUAUAUUACUAGCCCACAACUACUAUUAAUUUGAUGAGAUGUAUAUAAUUAAAAAUAUUGUAAUAGUCCUUCCUUUGGUAGGUAGACAACAAACAAUCUUGAAUUCAGUGCAUACAUAAAUCACUGUAUAGAUAUAUACACGUUGGGGUCUGCUUUAGAUGAAGGUCCUCAAAACAUUAACUAAUCAGUUAUUUUUUGAGUCUGUUUCAAGUGUAACAGGGUAAAUGCUAAAGGACACCUUCGUUCGAAGAUGAUGCGCGGUGAUCACGGUUGCCAAGACGAAGCUACAAACUUCAGACCGCGGCGCAUGCACGUGAUGAGGUAGGUGGCAAGAGAAGGGCCAAAUCCCAGAGACUUGUUUAUCAAGAUUACUAAGGCAAAAGACGACAAUACCCUUAAUCAUCUUUGUAGCUCAUGCGUAUAGGCUUGAGGGCAUGAAUGUAAUUUUUAUGAAGCUAUACAUCUUGAUUAUAAGCAAUUGAAUAGGUUGCAAAAACUGAUUUCUAGUUACCACAUCAUAAAUAAUGGAAUGUAAACUCUAUGUA